AUGGUUUAUUAAAAUAAUUAUAAAUAAAUAGAGAAUUAAAAUAAUUAAUAAGAAAAAGAAUUAAAGAGGGAAGAAUUUAUUACUGAGGGAUAUAGUAAACAGAUAAAACUUCUAAAGAAUAAUGAAAUGAGACAUUAGAAAUUAGUUCAAAUUAUUUAGUUUUGGAUUUAGUAAAUUAAAUGAA